AUGGAUGUUUUUUCACAGGAGCUCUGCAAGGUGUUGGCUUCGACUUUUGCAUCAGACGCGUUCUUCAAGAUGCUGAAGGGUGCGAAGCAGAACAAGCAAAAGUUGAGCUUGCUAGCACGUGCUGUGCUCGAGAGCAGCAGUGACCACCCCGUUGCUAGCAUGGGUCCCGAGAAGAAGCAUCUCGUCACGGUCUCCCAGGACAUCCUGGGAAUCUGCGGAGCAUUGACCUUCCUUCUUUGUCCUGAUGUAGCUCUGGCGACGGCGUCCCAGGUCACGGCUCUGCUGAAGUACAAGGGAGCACGCAAGAUCAUGAUCCUGACGAGAGACAUCCUGCAGAAGCAGGAGUACCUCCAAGCCCUUUGGAGUGAGGUGCUGAACAAGGGCUCUGCGUCCGCGGAGAUCUUGCCCCUCGCCACGGCAUUGCAAGCAGAGUUGCAGCAAGAGCCUUUUCUCGGGUGGCCCCUUGUGUCGAAGGCGACCACACAGUUCAUUGCUUGGAAAGGCAAGGCCCGCGCAGGUACCUUGGACAAGUUGGAGGAGAUGCUUGCCAAGCAUCUGCAAGAGAUUGCAUUAGAAGCCGUGAGCUCAAGUGCCAAAGGCUUCACCACCAGCGACAUCAAUCUGAUGCUGGCAGGCUUGAAAGCUCUCGCGCCACUGCCGGCACGUGUCACGUUGCUCAACAAGCUCGCGAAGACCAAGGAGACAUGCGCGCAGUACCUGGCUAUGGAGGAGCUCAGAAGCAAGUGUGCUGCACUUCCCCGAGAUCCUGGUGCCGCUCUACCGGGAGAAGAUGUGCUUGACAUGCAAGCCAUGUUGCAGUCCGUGCAGGCUGUUCACGAUGUGGGCAUGGAUGCGGAAUGCCAGGUUAGCUUCCUCGUCGCGGUGUAUUGGUUGUUCCGUCGGCUUCUGGCAGUGGUGCACAGUCCGCAGAGAUCUGCUUUUGUAGCCUUGCCUGUUGCCGCACGCACAUGGUUUGUCGAGCAGCUGAGUGCACUAAAGACAACCGUGAACCUCUCGCAGUCCAUGGCGAUCUUUGCAAGUGGUGAUGUGGCUGUGCUGCUCGGCAAAGAUGCGAAGGGUGCCAAGCUGGACCAGCUCAUCGUGGCUGCGAGGCAAGGCAGGAUGGCAUUGACGAAGCUGAACAAUCUGGACGUUCCAACGGAGCCAGAUGUCUGGACAACACUCCGCAUCGCCGAGUCGUCUGCCGCCGAGGUCCUUGACAAGCUCUUUGCAGUGAACUUGCUGCGGGAUGUCAUCGAGAAGAAGGGCGAGAUGCUCAUGAAGGACAUGGCCGAGGCCGUCAGGCAGAUCUCUGAUCACAGCAAGAAGGUGCAUCUGCCUGAGGCGAGCUGGAAGCACGACCUCGAUGCUUCUUGCGACAUGGACCUCAUCAUGAAGUCUGCGCCGGGCCGCUUGCAGCAUAUCGACGGUGAGCAGCUCGAAGCGAUUCUCUCGCAGUGCAAGGAGGCCAAGAGAAGCGGGUGGGUGCUGUGA